AUGAAAUACAUAGACAGCUACAUUCUUAAGGAGUUUAAUAACUGUAAAAAAUUCCUACGCGAUAAACAAGACAUUUUUGUUACAAAAGCGGAUAAGGGCCAGAUUACUGUCGUUAUGGAGAAGACCGAUUAUAACAACCGUAUGACUGACCUUUUAAAUGACGAAUCCACCUAUAGAAAAUUAAAGAAAGAUCCGAUAAGUCAAUUAACCACCAAACUUAACAAACUUGUUAAAUCAUGGUAUGACAGCGAUAUUAUAGACGAUCCCACGUACUAUAGGUUAAAGUGCACGAAUGGCAAUCUUCCACGGUGUUAUGGACUGCCAAAGUUUUAUGAACAAAUCUUUGGCAGCCCCAUGGGUUCGCCGCUUUCCCCUAAAACCUCUGACAUUGUUAUGGAAGAUUUAGAGAUGCACUGCCUUGGGGCACUUGACUUUGAGAUAAAAAUUUUCUAUAGAUACGUGGAUGACAUCUUUACCAUAAUACCACGGUCAAAACUCAAUGACGUACUCAACGCGUUUAACAGCUAUCACCCACGAUUAAAUUUCACGUUUGAGUUGGAGAGCAACAAUUCACUUCCGUUUCUCGAUACGAUUGUAAUCAGAGAUG